UUACCAGAUCUUAUCUUUGGAAUUGCGGGUUUCAAGUCAUUGUUUCAAUAUUCAGUUCGAGAAGUUUUCUAGUGAGCAAAAUUUCCGCAUAAUGUUUGCAAAAAUGAAGUAUCUUGUUUUGGUGUUACCGAUCCUGUGCGUGGCCAUCGCUCUUGGAUGGACACCACGGCCGAGGGUGAACAACCACGCGGAAUUCUUCUCUUCUGUGAUACAAGAAACUAUAUAUGACUUGGAGAAAAUAGGAUUUAGCACGUUAAGACUGGUGAAUGUAACACAAAACAUUGACAUGCAAAUGCACAAAUGGCACAUAAACGGGACAGCAGUAUACACCAACGGUUUCCUGGUCUCCAUUCAGAAGAUUGACGUAACAACUAUGAACCAGGGCAUAAACAAUGUCAACAACAGUGGGGUUAUUACCCAUAGAGCCUGGGUUUCUGGGGUCUUGAACUUACGGGACGCCAAGUUGGGUUACGAUGUGCACUUCACACCAGUUAAUAGUUCCCAGACCAUGCAUUACACAGGAGACUUCACACAUAGUUUGAUAAGUUUUACGAUAUUUGUACAUAAAAAUUUGACGACCAACGAAAUAACGGCGACAACGAGUGGGGUCUCGACAUCAGGAGGUCUUGUAAGGAUGGUGUACCGACCUACCAGCAAUAUUACUGAAGUUCUUUCUAGAGAGUUCAGACCCUUCCACAACUACGAUGGUGUAGUUUCGUGGUCCCAGAAGUUGUUACCAAUGAUCGUGGAAACCGUCAAAAAUAAAAUUCCCUUCCCAACAGUAUGCUUCAGUCAUUGCUAGUCGAUUCUUGAGGAACAAAAAAAUGUGAUACUUAUAUAUUAUUUUGUAAGAAUUAAAUAUAAUAACCAAGAAUAUAAUAAAGAAA